CACGGCUUCAAAAUUCAAACUGAUGAACUAAAACAAAAUCACAAAAUCGUCAGUCAAAAUCGAAUCUUUUUGCGUAAUCUCCGCAAAAAUCUGCAAAUCAAAGGAUUCAGAAACAAUUUCGGUUUACCAAUCCUCCAUCUCUCUAUUUCCCAAUCCUACGCUACCUGCAAAACUGAGUUCUUUAUGCUUAAACAUUUCCCAUUCCUAAUUCUAAUAGGACUUCGAAUCAAAUCAAAAGAAAAGGGGAUUCUAUAAACCACAACCACGGCUCUACUUGAUUUACUAUUCCGAUCACCGGCCGUUCAUCUUAACAAUAGAGCUCUGGUCUGCGGCCUUACUGUGGACGACAAGCAGCAGAUCCCUUCCCCGCACGGCGGUCGGGGUGCCUCACCCUCCGAAGGCGGCUGCCCCUCUGAUCUCCUCUUCCUCGCCGGCGGCGGCGGUGACGGCUGCUCUAUCAGGCGCUGCUAACUAGGUUUUUUUUUCGUCUAAUUUAAUUUUCAAAAAAAUUCAUCGCGAGAGAGAGAUUAGAGUGUUAGUACAGAAAGGAGGAUGCUGACGAUAAAGAAGGUGCCGACGGUGGUUUCGAACUACCAAGAGAAUGCGUCCUCCGAUGACCUCAAAGCAAAGGCCGAAGGCUGUGGCCGCAAUUGCCUCCGUAAAUGUUGCUUGCCUGUUUCCAAGCUUCCUCUCUAUGCAUUCAGCAACUGUGAGCACGAGAAAUCCUGUGAAGAUAAGCUGUGUCCCUCUUCAUCCUUUCUGAACAACCUACUUUUAGGGCAGUGGGAGGAUCGCAUGUGUAAGGGUCUAUUCAGAUACGAUGUGACCUCGUGCGAGACUAAGCUCAUCCCAGGCAUAUACGGGUUUAUUGCCCAGCUCAAUGAGGGCCGCCACCUCAAGAAACGGCCCACGGAAUUCCGAGUUGACAAAGUCCUUCAGCCGUUUGACCAGAAAAAAUUCAAUUUCACUAAAGUCGGCCAAGAGGAAAUUCUCUUUCGGUUUGAGCCGUGCAAAGAAGGCGAAUCUCGUUAUUUUCCGAGCUGCCCUGUUGAUUUUGAGGAAAGCUCGCCCAGUGUAGUUGCUAUCAAUGUGAGCCCAAUCGAGUAUGGUCACGUGCUCCUCAUACCACGAGUCCUCGAUUGCCUGCCUCAGAGAAUAGACGGCGACAGCCUGGCGCUUUCUCUUAACUUUGCGAAAGAGGCUUCGGACCCGUUUUUCCGAGUGGGUUACAACAGCCUGGGUGCAUUCGCAACAAUAAAUCACCUCCACUUUCAGGCGUACUACUUGUCUGUGCCUCUCCCGAUAGAGAAAGCACCAACUUCCCGAAUAAUGAGUCUCGAAAAUAGAGUAACCGUGUCCAAGUUGCUGAAUUAUCCUGUGCUGGGGCUCGUUUUCGAGGGCUGCCAAAGUGAUCUUUGUGAGGCAGUCGCAAAUUCCUGCAUUGUCCUUCAGAGCAAAAAUAUCCCAUUCAAUAUACUAAUUUCAGAUUGCGGCCGCAGAGUAUUUCUGCUGCCUCAGUGUUAUGCGGAGAAGCAAGCGCGUGGGGAAGUGAGGGAAGAGCUUCUGGAGACUCAAGUGAACCCAGCUGUUUGGGAAAUAAGUGGGCACAUGGUUCUGAAAAGGCGUAAGGAUUAUGAGGAGGCAUCUGAAGAGUACGCGUGGAGGCUUCUUGCGGAAGUUUCGUUAUCAGAAGAGGGAUUUGAGGAUGUGCAGAGGCUUGUCUGUGAGGCUGCUAAUCUGCAGCUAGACGAGGAGUAUGUGGGAGUGCUGGAAAACACGUAUAGUUCGGCUAAAACUCGACAUCUCCCUCAAGAUUGUCUUGUGCUGCAUUAG